AUGGCUUUCAUCGCGUGGGCAGCUUUCGGGAUCAUCCUCGCCGCAGGAAAUGAGCUUCCGCAAGAUGUAUCUAGCGUUUUGUCAAUGGAUGAUGAAUGCCAUACGGGCGCAUCGUGCACGAUGCAAGCGCUCCAGCUCCGCGGAGAACUGGACGCUGUUGCUGAACUGAAUUGUUGCAGCAUGUUGCAGCCACUAAGUCGGGGGGUGUACUUUUGCGUUGAGCAAAAUGUGGACAGAUUCCUUGCCGGACUUAAGGGCAAUCAGGUAGCGCAUGUGUUUCCCAGGAUAGGAUGGAUUGGCUCUGACAGGCUCUGA